AUGGCUUGGAGGGCAGUGCCAGGACCCUGGGAGCUGCCGGGCAGUGAGAGUGAGAAGGAGAAGCUGGGCCGCGGGAUUGGACUCAGGGCGGGCUUCCUGGAGGAAUACGCGGAGCUGUGCUGUCUAACCCAGGAGAAGGGGCCGAGCGAGCUCCCCAUACAGGCCUCUGCGCGGACCGGCGCUGAAGGCGGCUCGCAGAGCGCGCGCGGCCGAGACUCGGACAGCGGAGGGGUGGAGGCCGGGGAAGCAGCAGCCGGCCUGGGAGUGGCUCCCGCGCCCCAACCACCCCCCUCCCGUGUGCACCGUUGUUUCCCCAACUCCGGGUGCCCGCGGCCUGUAAUUGGCUGUGGAGCGACGGCCCCCGCUAGGAUUGGCUGCUUGGGGCGGGGGGGCCGAGCCCCGAGGGCAAAGUCCGCCCCCGAGCCUUCAAACAAGCAGCCCCAGGCCGCGCCAGCAGACCAGAGGUAGUGCGGCUAAGCCGCUGACGCGAGCCAGACAGCUGGCGAAGAGUCGAGCGCGCGAGCGCAGAGGCACGGGGGCCGUCGGGCGCGCGUCUCUCCAGCCAUGGGGUCGGCAGCGCUGGAGAUCCUGGGCCUAGUGCUGUGCCUGUUGGGCUGGGUGGGCCUGAUACUGGCGUGCGGGCUGCCCAUGUGGCAGGUGACUGCCUUCCUGGACCACAAUAUCGUGACGGCGCAGACCACCUGGAAAGGGCUGUGGAUGUCAUGCGUGGUGCAGAGCACGGGGCACAUGCAGUGUAAGGUGUACGACUCGGUGCUGGCGCUGAGCGCCGAGGUGCAGGCGGCGCGCGCGCUCACCGUGGGGGCCGUGCUGCUGGCGCUUGUCGCGCUCUUCGUGACCCUGGCGGGCGCGCAGUGCACCACCUGUGUGGCCCCGGGCCCGGCCAAGGCGCGCUUGGCCCUCAGCGGCGGCGCCAUCUACGCGCUCUGUGGGCUGCUGGCGCUCGUGCCUCUUUGCUGGUUCGCCAAUAUCGUGGUGCGCGAGUUCUACGACCCGGCGGUGCCCAUGUCCAAGAAAUACGAUCUGGGCGCGGCUCUGUACAUCGGCUGGGCGGCCUCGGCGCUGCUAAUGUGCGGUGGUGGCCUCGUGUGCUGCGGCGCCUGGGCCUGCGCCGGCCGCCCAGACCUUGGCUUCCCGGUCAAGUACUCUGCGCCGCGGCGAUCCACCGCCGGCGGCGACUACGACAAGAAGAACUACGUCUGAGGGCGCCGUGCAC